AUGAAGAUAGGAUCAAGGAGGAGAUGCUCAUCUUCUAUGGACCAAUCACGUUCAGCUACCCAGCAGCUUGAAGAAUGGACCAAUGGGAAGGUGUCAUUCGAUCCAAGUGGAUGGGAUGGGAGAAGCAGCUGCAGGCGUGCCUCAACGCCAUUGGUUGCAUGCAGAGGAGAGGUGUCACGUUCUGAAGUCCUCAGACGCCACCUCGAGCUUCCCAAAAACCUAUAUAAAGGCCCCUUCAGCCUUCAUUUCAACUCACACCAAAAACAAGAAAGAAAGAGAGAGAAAGUAGAGAGAGAGAGAGAGAGGAGAACGCCCAAGAGGAGAGGAAGAAGAAGAAAGAAGAAGAACAAGAAGAACAAGGUGGAGAAGAAGAAGAGAAGAUCCAAAGGCGGAUCGGGUUCGGGCUAG